AUGGGGAAAGUCAUAACUGUCAAUGGGACAUUCUUAAGGAGCGAGUAUGAAGGGGUGUUGUUGUUAGCUGGGGCACAUGAUGCGGAGAAUCAUAUUUUUUCGGUGGCAUUUUGUGUAGUGGACAAGGAGUGUGAUGCCUCAUACAAAUUUUUUUUUGAACAAAUGAAAAGCUAUGUGGAUGAUACCACUGAGUUGUGCAUAAUUUCUGAUAGACAUCUAAUUAUCAAAAAGGUGGUUUCGAUUGUCUACCUUACAGUUCAUUAUGGUUGUUGCAUGAGGCAUCUUGGGGAAAAUAUUCGAAACAACUUUCACAAUGGGAAGGUAGUAGCUCACUUUUAUAAAGCAGCAAAAGCAUACAACACAGAUGUGUUCUAUGACCAUUUCAAUCAAAUAAGAGAUAUGCUACCUGGGGCCGCUGAAUAUCUUGAACGUGCUGGAUUCAAUAGAUGGAGCAGGGUAUUCUGUCCGGGAAACAGGUACAAUAUUAUGAUGACAAACAUUGCUGAGUCGGUGAACGUAAUGUUCAAUGGUGAAAGAGAAUUUCCCAUUACUGCUCUAUUUGAUGCCAUAAAUAGGAGGCUUGCAGAAAAAUUCCAUGAGAGGCUUGUAGACAUCUACUUUUUUUUUAGCACUGUUUGCCCAACAUCAGGAAGAAGAGUAUCAAUUGACUUCUGUGAUGUAGCAGAUUUCCUUGACCUAAUAUCAACAAGUGCCUUGGAAAUUGUUUUUCCCUCUUAUGAAUCCCAUAUAGGGUGA